GGCACAAGUGCCAUAGGUUGCCUACCCCUGUGCUAAUUCCUCUGGUGGCUGCCUGAGGAGGUAACCCUGGGGCUGGCGUUCCAGAAAGGGAGCGGAGUUGGCUGGGAGCGGGACGCUGCAGGAAGCAGGCUCACCAGAACCCCCUUGGAGGCCGUGAAGCUGUAGGACAAGGUGUGAGUGAAGGGGCUGGUUUGGCUCAGGCUUGGACCAUCCGCCAUAAGUCCCUUCAUCAUCACCACAUCUCCCACCUCUGCCUGUCCAGCCCAAGCUGGUGCCGCCUCCUCAGGGAGGGUCACAUCGACACAGGACCCACCGGGUGAGGAGCUGGGGCGAGGAUGCAGGAACAGUGCAGAGACUAGCGCAGAGUCAACGGGGACAUUCCUGAAGUGGGGAGAGGGACAUGGGUAUCCUCCACUGCACAGCGCUGACCCCACUGACUCUCCCUGCCCAGCUAUGAUCUUUCCUUGCCCCCUUGAAGCAGCUGUAUCAGGGGGGAGGGUGAGCCUGGAGCCCCCUUCCCAGACCUGGGAGCAGCUAGGGGAAGACAGGGAGUUCUGGGUUCCUUCUCCUGAUCGGGGAGCAGCGGAUGGAAGAACAUCUCUCACCUUGUCCUGGUGAAGCAGGACAGGAGGUGAGGGGGGUUGAGGGGGUGAGCACAGAUGGCUGCAUGUGUUCCCCCACCCUAACCCUAACCUUAAUCUCAGCCCUGGUGGCCCCAUUAAAAUAGGGUCAUGACCCACUUUGGGGUCCCAACCCACAUUUGAGAACCGCUGACCUAGAUGCAUCCACUCUCAAAGUUAGGUCGGCAUAGUGACAGAAAGAGGGGGUUUUUCACACCUCUGAGCAACAUAGUUAAGUCAACCUACAUUUUAAGUGUAGACUGGGCCUAAGCAACAGUCUGUGGUGCCACAAGGUGUGACUUCUGCUCCAUUUUUCUUGGGAUUCGUUUAGACAAGAUACAUUCUCUGAAGCCGCUGACUGGAAAGACGCCAUCUGGAGGGCACUAAGCUAGCCCAGACGCUGAAUGAAUUUGGUGAAAUAAGGCUUAAUAAUCUGUUACUUCUCUACCAACAGUAGCUCCUUAAGAUCAGAAGUGUCGGUUCAGUGUCUGGGGCUCUGAAUUUGGGGUGGGAAGUGAAAUGCACAGCCCUGGUCCAGGGCACAUUGUGCAGAGCAGCUCUGACAGAGGGGAGGGAGGGGGACUGCUCCAUGCAGUGUGCUCUGGAGAGCUUUUAGUUUCUUUUUUGGCUUAUCUCUGGGAACAAAUCAUUGCUGAGCUUCCUGUUUGCAUGCACAGAAGCAGUUUCCUGAGGCUGUGCUCUGUCUUCUGAGGAAGCAGCAUGGAGGAGACGGUGAGAGAUCGUCUGCUGGGAACCCUGGAAGACCCGGGAGAAGAGUUUGAGACAUUUAAAUCCUUCUUGCAAGUGAAAUUCAGUUGCAAGAAGGCUCUGGAAACAACCCCUGGAGCACUCUGCAGGUGGCAGACCCCAGAGACCUAACUGAUGAGCUGCUCCAUGGCUCCAAGGAGGACGAUGGGGUGGAGAUGACUAGGGAAGUGCUGAGGGCCAUAAGCCAGCAAGACCUGGCAGAGAGAUUGACAAAAACAACAGGAUCUGAGAGAAGGAGAGCACUCCAGGACCUCAUGUCCAAGCUGAAGAUGGACCAGCACGAAAGCACAAAGCUGGGGUUGAGGGAUCUUCAGGAAAUCAACCCAGAAAGUCUAAAAGACUGGACUCCUCAGGCAUUAGGGGAUUUACCGUGGCAUUUUCUGAGGAAGGUCAAGGCUCUGAAUGGGAUGGCCAGAAACGCAAACUUUUGGCAGGGAGCAACUGGUGACCAAGCCAGCAGUGAGGAGAAUGGUGGACAAGGUGACAGUGGCAAUAUUCUUCACCACAGCAACUCAGAUACCAGAGUUUCUCUGCACCCCCUCGACAUUCUCUGUGCUGUUCUGCUUUGCUCAGACAGUUUCCUACAGCAGGAGAUCCUGUCCAGAAUGUCCAUGUGCCAGUUUGCCCUCCCUCUGCUGCUACCCGCCCUCGACACCCCCAAGUGCACCCUUAUGCUGUGGGCCAUGAGGGACAUUGUGAGGAAGUGGAGGCCGCACUCCCUGGCAGAGAGUAGAGGGUUCAGAGAGGAGAGCCUGGUGCUCAAAGCAAUGCCAACAAUUUCCUUUGUGCAGCUGGGGAGCUGCAGCUUCUCCAAGUCCAAACUCCUCCAUAUGGUUCUCAGCCCCUCCCAGCAGCACCACGAUUUCUUCAUCCAUCGGGACAUGGAGUCUGGGAACAUCCCUCGGGAAAUGGCAGAUGGGCUGGUUGAGAUUUCCUGGUAUUUCCCUGGGGAGAAGGAUAGUUCAGAUCUUUUCCCAGAGCCCGUCACAGUUACAAACCUGCGCGGAGACAUUGAGUCGCACUGGCUGCAGUUCAGCUUUUUAACACAGGUCUCCUCAGCAUUGUUCAUAGUUACUGAGAGCAUCAGUGAGAGACAAUACGCGCUGUUAUCAUCCCUGCAGGGAUCAGCUACUAAAUACUACUUCAUCCUCAAUUACGAGUCUGGCAAACGGAGUGAAACUCAGGAAUUCCUUAAUAAAUUAGCCCCAAUGCUGAAACUGAACAAAUUCAAUGUGCUGGAGAAAAGCAACAGCACAAAUGAGACAGAAUGUAUAGAAAAUCUCCAGCGCAUGAUACGAAGCAUAAUGAACUCAGCAAAGAAUCCUGUGGCACCUUAUAGACUAACAGACAGAACUUUCAAAAAGGAACUGGGCUGUGACUUCAUCCUGGUGAUAGACACAGAAGGACUGAAAGCCCCUGAACUGGCCCUGCUGGAGGAUAAUUAUGAACACGACAAUGAGCUGGCCACACUGGUGAUUGGAUUGACUGAUGUGCCCAGAGAGAAGCCAGCCAUGCCCUUGCCCCCAUAG